CGCCCACCACCCUUCCCCCUUCUAUUAUUUCACAUGCAUUUCCUGACUUUUUCGAGCAUAAUAUAAUACUCAAUCACACUCGUAAACAUCACAAAAGCACAAAAUUAAUAAGCAAAAAAUUAAUUAAAAAAAGAAAAAGAAAUGCCUCCCGCCACCGCCCCGCCACCGCAAUCCACGGCGGCGCCACCGCCAACCGCGGAGGCUCUCCGCCAAAUCUCGUCGCUCCUCGCCGACCUCCUCCCCUCCACUCUCUCCGUCACCUCCUUCGCCGCGCGGUGGCAGGUCCUCCGCUCGAAGCUCGGCGCCGUCCAAACCCUCGCCGCCGAAAUCCGCGACUCUCCGCACUGGUCGGACAAUCCGCUCCUCCCGACGCUCCUCCCCGCGCUCCUCUCCACCCUCCGCCGCACCGAGAUCCUCUGCCACCACUGCCGCGGCGAGGCCGCCGGCCGCGGCAAGCUGCUGAUGCAAUCCGACCUCGACAUGGCGACGGGGUGGCUGUCGAAGCAGAUCAACGACCUGGAGCUCCUCCUCCGCUCCGGCGUCCUCCACCACUCCACCGCCAUUGUCCUCUCCCGCCCUAAUUCCGCCUCCUCGAAGGAGGAGCUGACGUUUUUCGUGCGAGACCUCUUCGCGCGGCUCCAGAUCGGAGGCCUGGAAUUCAAGCUGAAGGCGCUGGAUUCGCUGAUCCAGCUGCUGAUCGAAGAUAGCAAGUCGGCGAUGGUCGUCGCGAGGGAAGGAGACAUGAGAUGCCUCACAUCGCUGCUCGAUUCGAGCGGCGACGACUCCGUCAGGGAGCUGGCGGUCCACGCCGUGUCGCUGCUCGUCGCCGCCGGCGAUUUGCCGCGGAAAUGCGUGUUCGAGGAAGGGGCUUUAGGUCCUCUGCUCAGGAUAAUCGAGUGCAGCUCGGUGCAGGUGAAGGAGAGGGCGGCGAUGGCCGUCGAGUUCAUCACCGCCGACCACGACAACGCCUGGGCGAUUUCCGCCUACGGCGGCGUUCCUGUACUGAUCGAGCUCUGCAAAUCUGGCUCUCUCAUCGCUCAAUCGUACGCCGUUGGCGCGAUCAGGAACGUUUCCGUGGUUGAAGAUAUCCGAGCUGCGUUAGCGGAAGAAGGCGCUGUUCCUGUUCUAAUCGACUUGCUUGUUUCAGGAAACGCAUCUGCGCAAGGAAAAUCAGCGAAUUGCAUAUCGAUUCUCGCUUCCACAAGCGAGAAAAUCCGCAAAUUACUGCUGCAGGAGAAAGGUUUGCAGAAAUUGGUGCAGUUAUUUCACGAAUGCCCCGUUGCUGAAACUGUAGAACACGUUCUACGCGCGAUUUACUCGUUUUCCGAUGAUGAAAUGAGCAAUCGCGUAUUAUCUGAAUCAACUAUGUUCAUAGUACAGCUAGCUGAUCUGAUUAAGCUUGGGAAAAACAUUAGGUUGCAGCACAUUGCAGCUUCAUUGCUUGCUAAAUUAUCGAUUAGUGAUCGUAACAAGAUUGUGAUUGCUGGUUGUAUGGGUUCAUUAGUGCGGUUAAUGGAGGCCGUGAAGCCUGAUGGAGUGCAGGAGGUCGCAGCCAAGGCCCUGACCUCGUUGUUAUCUGUGAAACCGAAUAGGAAGGAGUUGGUGAGGGAUGAGAAGAGUCUAAUGAGGCUGGCACAGAUGCUGGAUCCUCGGUUUGAGGUGCUUUCAAAGAAGUCCCCUGUGUCGGUGGUGGCAGCUAUAAUGGCUGGAGGGAGCCAUGGCUGUCGGAAGAGGCUCGUGGCAGCUGGUGUCCACGGCCAUUUGCAGAGGUUGGUUGAGAUGGAUGUAGUCGGUGCCAAAAAGGCAUUGCAGAGACUCUCCGGGAACAGGCUAACUAGUUUGUUUUCAAGAACGUGGAGGGACUAAUUAGGUGUUUCCCUGCCAGACAGAAUGGUCCAAAAGGGAUUCUCCAUCACAUUUUCUUCCUCUCCCUAUCUUGUGUGAAUAAAUCAUGUGACCCCCGAGUCUUUUCGUCCGUCGUGGCUUUGGCAGGACGUUGGUCGACAAACGCCUUGAUGUCGACGAGCUGCCUACAACGAAGGAUUGGACACACAGCCAGCAGUUGGUAUAACCCUGAAACUCUUAGCUCAUGGUAGUGUAAUACUGUUUAUUAUAGGAAAGUUGAUUGUGAAAGAAAAAAAACAGAAGUUUGGUGUAAUUUAUGUUCUAUAGUAUAGCAUGGAUGCGUUUUUUUAGUAGUAUCCUUGUUUUGUUUUGUUUUUUUUUUCUCUUGUAAUAACAUAUAACGUUUUGUUUUCAAUGUAUUUUGAGUGAGCAGAUUGUAUUUUA